AUGGGUCGUGGAGCUGGCGGUCCUCCCCGUGGUGGUUACGGAGGAGGUUUCCGUGGCGGUUUCGCUGGCGGCGCUCGCCCGGCCACCUGCUACAAGUGCGGUGGACCCAACCACUUUGCUCGUGAUUGCCAGGCCCAAGCAAUGAAGUGCUACGCCUGCGGCAAACUGGGCCACAUCUCCCGCGACUGCACCGCUCCCAACGGCGGACCUUUGAACACUGCCGGCAAGACUUGCUACCGUUGCGGCGAGACCGGCCACAUCUCUCGGGACUGCACGCAGGCUGAGGUCAACGGUGAUGCCGCCGCCUCUGCCGCCGCUGCCCCUACCCCUGCUGCUCCCGUCCCGGCUGCAGCACCCACCACUGCCGUCGCUUAG